CAGAGCUGGUGGAGGCGAAAGUGAGUGAGCGGCGGCGGUGCCAGCGCCUCAGCGGGGCCGGGCCGGGCGGGAGAGGGACGAGGGGGCUACGACGGCUCCUCCCGGCGCGGAGCCGGCGGCGUGCGGCUCGGUUCUGCGGAACAUGGUGAUGAGUUUCCGAGUCUCAGAUCUUCAGAUGUUGCUGGGUUUUGUUGGCAGGAGUAAAAGCGGACUUAAACACGAACUAGUCACCAGAGCACUGCAGCUGGUCCAAUUUGACUGCAGCCCCGAGGUUUUCAAGAAGAUCAAGGAGCUCUACGAGACCCGCUAUGCCAAGAAGAGCUCCGAGGCCGCUCAGCCUCAGCCGCAGCCGCACCGCUCCCCCGAGGCGCUCCCCAUCCAUUCCUCCUACGACCGCGGGAGCGCCGCCGUUGCUCGGACUUCUAUCUCCACCCCCAACAUUGACUAUCCCGCGCUGUACGGGAAGUACCUGAACGGACUGGGCAGGUUGCCCCCCAAAGCUGUGAAGCCCGAAGUCCGCCUGGUGAAGCUCCCCUUCUACACCACCCUGGAUGAGCUGCUGAAGCCCACGGAGCUCAUUCCACAGAACAACGAGAAGCUUCAGGAAAGCCCGUGCAUUUUUGCAUUGACGCCGAGGCAAGUGGAGCUGAUCCGAAACUCCAGGGAGUUGCAGCCCGGCGUGAAGUCGGUUCAGGUGGUGCUCAGGAUCUGUUACACAGACACUAGUUCUCCCCAGGAGGAUCAGUACCCCCCGAACAUCGCCGUGAAAGUGAACCACAGUUACUGCUCCGUGCCGGGCUACUAUCCGUCAAACAAACCCGGGGUGGAACCCAAGAGGCCCUGCCGUCCCAUCAACCUCACCCAUCUCAUGUAUUUGUCUGCGGCCACCAAUCGCAUCACCGUCACCUGGGGGAACUACGGGAAGAGCUAUUCCGUGGGGCUGUACUUAGUGCGGCAGAUGACCUCAGCGGAGCUGCUGCAGAGGUUGAAAACCAUUGGGAUCAAGCAUCCAGAGCUCUGCAAAGCGCUCGUAAAAGAGAAGCUCCGCCUGGACCCAGACAGUGAAAUCGCUACCACGGGCGUUCGCGUGUCUCUCAUCUGCCCGCUGGUGAAGAUGCGGCUGUCUGUGCCGUGCCGGGCCGAGACCUGUGCACACCUGCAGUGCUUCGACGCCGUCUUCUACCUUCAGAUGAAUGAGAAGAAGCCGACGUGGAUGUGUCCCGUGUGCGACAAGCCCGCGCCCUACGACCAGCUGAUAAUCGACGGGCUCCUGUCCAAGAUUCUGAGCGAGUGCGAGGACGCGGAUGAGAUCGAGUUCCUGGCGGACGGUUCCUGGUGCCCCAUCCGAGCGGAGAAGGAGCGCAGCUGCAGCCCGCAGUGCCCCAUCCUGGUGCUGGGUUCUUCGGAUGUGAACGGGCUGUUGCCCACCCCCAACGGUAACGGAGAGAACGGCAAAGCCGCCGCUGAUGUGGUGGAUUUAACACUGGACAGCUCAUCGUCGGAGGAGGAGGAGGAGGAGGAAGAGGAGGAAGAUGACGACGAUGAGGGACCCCAACCAAAACGGCGCUGCUCCUACGAGAAGGGUUUAGUUUCUGCCUGCUGACUGCCGAGGCAGCUCUGGAUCUCGCAACGGACAGACUUGAAUACUCUGGUGCUUAAACUGGAGGGGGGGAGAGCGUCGUCUCCCGCCUCGUCUCCCAUCCUCCCCGAUCUCUGACUUUCCUAUUCCGAAAUUAACCAUUAAAGCAAGAGAAAAAACAAACAAACAAAAA